AGGUUUUUUCAAAUAAACAUAUAUAUUCAAAUGAAAAUUAUUUAUCCGUUUUCUUCAAUAGAUUCAAUAUGUUCAAGAAAUGGGUUUAGCUGGAAUUAUGUUUUGGGCAGCAGACCUUGAUGAUUUUACUGGUAGUUCAUGUAAUGAAGGAAAAUAUCCUCUAAUGAAUAAAGCUGUCAAUCUUAUUCGUUCUCAAAUUCAAUCAACAAUAUCAUCAACAAAAAGUUCACUUCAAGAAAAAAAACGUAUUGUUUGUUAUUAUACAAAUAGUUGGUCACAAUAUCGUCCUGAUCAAGCAAAAUUUUAUCCUGAAGAUCUUGAUGGCUCAUUAUGCACACAUAUUGUUUAUGCAUUUAUUGUAUUAAAAAAUUCAAAACUUGCUCCAUUUCAAUCGAAUGAUGAAGAUACUCAAUCAAGCAAAGGUUUGUUUUAUUUCAUUUUCAUUUCACUGAUUCGUUCGGAUCGGCGUUUAAGUCUAUUCAGUAGUGAUUUCUGA